AAUCUUUUGCAUUUGUGCUGUGUCCAUAUUCACGUUUACUAGUAUAUAUUUAAAAUUAAUAAAUAACAGAAAAAUCUGUACGUAUGAUUGGUAUUUAUACAAAAAUGUUCACUAGGAUUUGUGCCGUAUAAAACAAAAAUAUUUUAAUCCUUAUAAUUGCAUUUGAGGGGUCACCAACAUUCGGUUAUCACGUAAAAAGUAUCGCACGAAUCUUUCGAGCACUUUUAAAAAUUAUCUUUCCAUCAGCACUUGUGCAAGUAUGAAAUAUUAGAAAACAAGUCUUUUAAUUAAAAGACGAUCGCAGUAUUUAAUUUGUACUAUGUGGCCCAACUGGAUUUUUUUUUUGCUUUUUACCUCAACAAAUAGUGAUUUAAUUGAGCCUAGCAGAGCAAUUCCGAUAUGGGCAGAGACGUUAUUCCCUUAUUUCCAAAAUUAUUUGUUACAAUUAGAAAGGCCCAUACAGGAGAAUCUUCAGUUUGUGAGUGAAAAGUGUGCGAUCCAGAUCGGCUGGUUUUUUCAAGAUUUGACGAAUUUCACUGACGACGAUGAAAUGUGGGCCUUGAAAAUGGCCGAUGCAUCGACAAAAAUUCCCUCGGGUAUCAUGAACCUGAAUGUUGGCGACUGGAUGGGAAGUUUCGAUGAGUGCUUGGAAAUAAAGAGCGUGAAACGAGAACUUAAGGGCAAUUAUUGUUUGGCCACCCUGUAUAUUGAUAUCGAUUUUCAAGAACUUCUUUCAAGGGAUUUUUUCACGACAAGUUCGGACUCCAAUGUGACAAGCAACACGGACAACUUUCAACAAAAUCAUCCUACCGUAUCGUAUCCCUCAUUAGGGAUUUGUAUCCCGGAUGGCUGCACCAAAGAGGAUUUAGCCGACCUGGUUAAAAACGCAUUUAACUUUUCAUUUCCUAUCGAAUAUAAAUGUCAAACUUACGAAGAUACUUAUCCACCACUGACUAUUGAAGCUUGGAUAGUUAUAUCCUUCUUCAUUUUUAUAGCGGUCUUUAUGAUCUCAAUUACAGCGUAUGACAUUCAAGGUUAUUUUUACCAAAAAGAGCGGAACGUAGAAGACGGUAAUGAUUGUGAAAAUACAGCAAAAACCCGACCCGAAAAGCAUAUUCUUGUGAAAGCCUUUUCAAUGUACACAAACGGUAAAAAACUAUUUCGAUCCGGUAAAAGUGAAUCGCCUGACCACUCAUACAUAGAUUGUCUUGCCGGUAUCAAAGUGUUGAGUAUGCUUUGGGUCCUUAUAGGGCACACUUUUUCACUCACACUUUCUGGCCCUUUGGCGAAUGGUAGGGACGCAUUGAAUUAUAUAGUCAAAACGGAAAGUCUGUUUUUCGCAAACGCCGUUUUUGCAGUAGACACGUUUUUAAUGGUAUCAGGUUUACUAGUGUUCUACGGAUUUUUUAAAGUCAAAGAAUCCGAAGACAGCAAUAUCACUUUUGGCUGGCUCGGGAAGUUUUAUCUUCAUAGACAUCUAAGACUGACACCUGCUUUUGCAGCGGUGGCAUUAGUAAGUGCCACUUUGCUUCAACCAAUGGGUUCGGGACCACAUUGGAAUUUCAUUACCGACAAUUUCCAAGGAUUUUGUCGAACAAAUUGGUGGUCUUCUUUAAUAUAUUUCCAGAAUUAUAUUGAUGUCAGUCAUUGGUGUGUGGGUCAAACGUGGUACCUGAACAUCGACUAUCAACUCUACUUGCUCGCGCCACUAUUUCGUUGGGCUUUAAUGGGCAAGCCAAUAAUUGGAGUUUUGUUGCUCCUUGUGGCCACAUCAGUUCCUAUGGUCAUAUCGUUUUAUGUCACAUGGAUACACCAGUUACCAGCGAUUGUAACUAACUUAUAUGGGAAUAUAACGAAUUUCCACAAUUUGUAUUAUUUAACAACUCAUACCAGAGCUGCCCCAUGGUUUAUAGGGGCGAUAUAUGGUUAUUAUAUUGCACAAAUAAAGUUCGGAGCUAAAAAAAUUAUUCGACUCCCUAAGAUAUAUUGGUGGAUUUCUUGCGGCUUAUCCUUAACUAUGUUAUGCGGUGUCACGUUCACGUUUGGAAGUAAAUCGCUUACGGAUGCGGAAUACCAUAAAUGGCACAACGCCCUUUUUAAUUCCCUGGCACGUCCCACAUGGGCCGUUUGCGUAGGUUGGAUCUGUUUUUGUUGCGUUAACGGAUAUGGAGGAAUAAUUAACUGUUUCUUAUCGCUGAAUAUUUUCAAAAUACUAAACAGAUUUACUUACUCCAUAUAUCUACUUCACGUAACCAUGAUUUACAUGAUAACAUUUAGCGCUAAAAAGGCUGGAUAUUUUACACUAUUUAACGUGUUUUAUUCGUUUUGGGGCAUCACAAUGAUAUCCUUCAUACUCUCGAUUUUUUGGGUGUUGGCGUUUGAAUCACCCCCGAUUGCCCUCGAAAAAUUUAUAUUUGCGAGCCGUUCCAACACAUCUAAAGAAGAACCUGCUGCCACAUCAAAAGCUGAUUAGAUUUUAUCACUAGCUGAUGCCAUUGAUCAUUUUUACUAUUUUCGAUUAAUGAAAAAUCUUUUAAAUUACUAAAACACGUUUGUGUUCAACCUAAAAGAAAUGAAUGGAUUAAAAAUGACUUUGUAUAGAUUUGAAAUGAAAAUAUUAAAUAUUUCUUUAAAGACAAAA